GCACUGUAACCCAUCCACUAUCAGGAUGCGGAUCGUCUACUGUAACGCGCUGUUCGCGCUUCUACUCCUCCAGGCCAGCGUCAUCAUCGAUGCAAGGGAUUGCCUGCUCUGCCAUAUUCUACAAAGCGGGAAGGACCGGCGCGCAAUUAUUCCUCGAAUAUCUACCAACGUCAGCAUCAAUGGGGGUGUUCACAUUUACGGAGGAUUCGGCCUCGGGUCACAGUCCUCCGACCAGCCCAAAGCCAACCAACCUGCACGGGAAAUCCAACAUGAAAGCUCUCAGCGGACAGCUCAGCGCUCGCUUCAAGUAGAGGCCAAGAUUGAAAUAAGACAGUUCACAGAGGCCGACAUUGAAAUCGAUGGGAAACUUAAGACGGUUGAGCUCAUCAAAAAGUAUGGAUUCCCCGUAGAGACCCACUUCGUGACCACUGAAGAUGGCUACAAGCUGUGCCUGCACCGCAUGCCGCGACCAGGUGCUCAGCCCAUUUUGCUGGUUCAUGGCCUCAUGUCCAGCUCAGCUGCCUGGGUGAUGUUGGGCCCGUCAAAUGGGUUAGCCUACAUCCUGUAUCUGCAGGGCUACGAUGUCUGGAUGCUGAACACGCGCGGAAACAUUUACUCCAUGGAGCACACAAAGAAGUUUAUCAGCAUGAGGGAAUACUGGGACUUCUCCUUCCAUGACAUUGGUGUCAAAGAUCUGCCACCGACCAUCGACUUGAUCCUGGAGCGCACGAACUACCAGCAGAUUCAGUACAUUGGCCACUCCCAGGGAUCGACCGUGUUCUUCGUAAUGUGCAGCGAACUGCCUAGCUACUCCAGCAAAGUAAUCAUCAUGCAGGCCCUCUCACCGUCAGUGUUCAUGAAGGAGACCCGCAGUCCAGUGCUCCAGUUUAUGAGCUUUUUCAAGGGACCUUUGACGGUCCUACUCCAACAACUAGGAGGCUACGCUGUCUCCCUUACCACAAAGCUCAUCGAUAAGUUUAAGCACCACAUCUGCCCGGCCAACAGGAUCACGAGUAAAAUUUGCGGAAUGUUUGACUAUGUUCUAUGUGGCUUCAAUUGGCAUGGCUUUAAUAUGACUAUCGCUCCCAUCAUCUUAGGUCACUCUUCCCAGGGAUCCUCCACCAAGCUGAUCCACCAUUAUGCCCAGAUGCACACGAAGCUAACGCUCCACUUCCGUCGCUACGAUUACGGUUCGACCAGUAACCUCAUGCACUACAAAUCCAUUUCCCCACCCUCCUAUAACCUAUCGCAGACGCAGUGCAAGGUCGUCCUGCAUCAUGGAGAAGGCGAUUGGCUUUCAUCUGGCUCGGACGUCGCCAAACUGCAGGAAAGUUUGCCCAACUGCAUCGAGAAUCGGAAAGUGGAACUCAAGAGCUUUUCACACUUCGACUUUAUCAUGUCAAACGAUGUGCGGUCCCUGGUCUACGAUCGUGUUGUAAACGUGGUUGUCACUAACAAAAUUCAGCGAACGGAGCCAUUAACUCUAACACAAAAAACACAGAAGUGGAGUCAAGUGCAAUCACAGAAACGGAUCAGUUAUCAAAGCGAUAAAUCUCAAAACACUCAAAGAUAUCCUGACUCAGACACGCCGGUUCAGCACAUGAUUCACAUAAAGCGCCAGGGAGCGUUGCAGCUGGGAAGAAAUUUGAAUAAGCAGAUUCAAUAUCAGAGACAAACCCAAAUUGAAAUAUCAAAAGGCUCCGAUAAUCCAAGCGAAAAUAUACCGCAGAGUCCAGGUCAAGCUCUACCCGUUCAACCAUUUCUAAACCCAGACGAUUCGGUUCAGAACUCGAUUCAUAUAAAGCGCCAAGGAGAGUUGCAACUGGGAACAAAUUUGAAUAAGCAGAUUCAAUAUCAGAGACAAACCCAACUUGAAAUAUCAAAAGGCUACAAUAAUCCAAGCGAAAAUAUACCGCAGAGUCCAGGUCAAGCUCUACCCGUUCAACCAUUUCUAAGCCCAGACGAUUCGGUUCAGAACUCAAUUCACAUAAAGCGCCAAGGAGAGUUGCAACUGGGAACAUCGAAUAAGCAGAUUCAAUAUCAGAGACAAACCCAACUUGAAAUAUCAAACGGCUCCAAUAAUCCAAGCCAAAAUAUACCGCAGUGGAGUCAAGUGCAAUCAGAUAAUCAGAUCAGUUUUGAUGGCGAUAAAGCUCAAAACCCUCAAGGAUAUCCCGAGUCGGACACGACAGUUCAGCACACGAUUCACAUAAAGCGCCAGGGAGAGUUGCAGCUGGGAACAAAUUUGAAUAAGCAGAUUCAAUAUCAGAGACAAACCCAACUUGAAAUAUCAAAAGGCUCCGAUAAUCCAAGAGAAAAUAUACCGCAGAGUCCAGGUCAAGCUCUACCAGUUCAACCAUUUCUAAACCCAGACGAUUCGGUUCAGAACUCAAUUCACAUAAAGCGCCAAGGAGAGUUGCAACUGGGAACAUCGAAUAAGCAGAUUCAAUAUCAGAGACAAACCCAACUUGAAAUAUCAAACGGCUCCAAUAAUCCAAGCCAAAAUAUACCGCAGUGGAGUCAAGUGCAAUCAGAUAAUCAGAUCAGUUUUGAUGGCGAUAAAGCUCAAAACCCUCAAGGAUAUCCCGAGUCGGACACGUCGGUUCAGCACACGAUUCACAUAAAGCGCCAAGGAGAGUUGCAACUGGGAACAUCGAAUAAGCAGAUUCAAUAUCAGAGACAAACCCAACUUGAAAUAUCAAAAGGCUCCAAUAAUCCAAGCGAAAAUAUACCGCAGAGUCAAGGUCAAGCUCUACCCGUUCAACCAUUUCUAAGCCCAGACGAUUCGGUUCAGAACUCGAUUCAUAUAAAGCGCCAAGGAGAGUUGCAACUGGGAACAUCGAAUAAGCAGAUUCAAUAUCAGAGACAAACCCAACUUAAUAUAUCUGGAGACUCCUCCUAUAAUCCAACAAUUCAAAGCCAAAAUAGACCGCAGUGGAGUCAAGUGCAAUCAGAUAAUCGGAUCAGUUUUGUUGGCGAUAAAGCUCAAAACCCUCAAGGAUAUCCCGAGUCGGACACGUCGGUUCAGCACACGAUUCACAUAAAGCGCCAAGGAGAGUUGCAACUGGGAACAUCGAAUAAGCAGAUUCAAUAUCAGAGACAAACCCAACUUGAAAUAUCAAACGGCUCCAAUAAUCCAAGCCAAAAUAUACCGCAGUGGAGUCAAGUGCAAUCAGAUAAUCAGAUCAGUUUUGAUGGCGAUAAAGCUCAAAACCCUCAAGGAUAUCCCGAGUCGGACACGUCGGUUCAGCACACGAUUCACAUAAAGCGCCAAGGAGAGUUGCAACUGGGAACAUCGAAUAAGCAGAUUCAAUAUCAGAGACAAACCCAACUUGAAAUAUCAAAAGGCUCCAAUAAUCCAAGCGAAAAUAUACCGCAGAGUCAAGGUCAAGCUCUACCCGUUCAACCAUUUCUAAGCCCAGACGAUUCGGUUCAGAACUCGAUUCAUAUAAAGCGCCAAGGAGAGUUGCAACUGGGAACAUCGAAUAAGCAGAUUCAAUAUCAGAGACAAACCCAACUUAAUAUAUCUGGAGACUCCUCCUAUAAUCCAACAAUUCAAAGCCAAAAUAGACCGCAGUGGAGUCAAGUGCAAUCAGAUAAUCGGAUCAGUUUUGUUGGCGAUAAAGCUCAAAACCCUCAAGGAUAUCCCGAGUCGGACACGUCGGUUCAGCACACGAUUCACAUAAAGCGCCAAGGAGAGUUGCAACUGGGAACAUCGAAUAAGCAGAUUCAAUAUCAGAGACAAACCCAACUUGAAAUAUCAAAAGGCUCCAAUAAUCCAAGCGAAAAUAUACCGCAGAGUCCAGGUCAAGCUCUACCCGUUCAACCAUUUCUAAGCCCAGACGAUUCGGUUCAGAACUCGAUUCAUAUAAAGCGCCAAGGAGAGUUGCAACUGGGAACAUCGAAUAAGCAGAUUCAAUAUCAGAGACAAACCCAACUUAAUAUAUCUGGAGACUCCUCCUAUAAUCCAACAAUUCAAAGCCAAAAUAGACCGCAGUGGAGUCAAGUGCAAUCAGAUAAUCGGAUCAGUUUUGUUGGCGAUAAAGCUCAAAACCCUCAAGGAUAUCCCGAGUCGGACACGUCGGUUCAGCACACGAUUCACAUAAAGCGCCAAGGAGAGUUGCAACUGGGAACAUCGAAUAAGCAGAUUCAAUAUCAGAGACAAACCCAACUUGAAAUAUCAAAAGGCUCCAAUAAUCCAAGCGAAAAUAUACCGCAGAGUCAAGGUCAAGCUCUACCCGUUCAACCAUUUCUAAGCCCAGACGAUUCGGUUCAGAACUCGAUUCAUAUAAAGCGCCAAGGAGAGUUGCAACUGGGAACAUCGAAUAAGCAGAUUCAAUAUCAGAGACAAACCCAACUUAAUAUAUCUGGAGACUCCUCCUAUAAUCCUGUAAUUGAAAUCCAAAAUAUACCGCAGUGGAGUCAAGUUCAAUUUCAGGACAUUCAACCAAAUCGCAACUCAGACAAUUCGGUUCAGAACUCGAUUCGUAUGGAGAAACAGAUUCAAAUUAAUCACUUCACUGAUACUGACAUUGAAUCCAAUGGGCAGCUUAAGACGGAUGAGCUCAUCAGAAAGUAUGGAUUUCCCGUAGAGACCCACUUCGUGACCACUGAAGAUGGCUACAAGCUGUGCCUGCACCGCAUGCCGCGACCAGGUGCUCAGCCCAUUUUGCUGGUUCAUGGCCUCAUGUCCAGCUCAGCUGCCUGGGUGAUGUUGGGCCCGUCAAAUGGGUUAGCCUACAUCCUGUAUCUGCAGGGCUACGAUGUCUGGAUGCUGAACACGCGCGGAAAUAUUUACUCCAGGGAACAUACGAAAAAGUUUAUCAGUAUGAAGGAAUACUGGGACUUCUCCUUCCAUGAAAUUGGUGUCAAAGAUCUGCCACCGUCCAUCGACUUCAUCCUGGAGCGCACGAACUACCAGAAGAUUCAGUACAUUGGCCACUCCCAGGGAUCGACCGUGUUCUUCGUAAUGUGCAGCGAACUGCCUAGCUACUCCAUCAAAGUAAACAUCAUGCAGGCCCUCUCACCGUCAGUGUUCAUGAAGGAGACCCGCAGUCCAGUGCUCAAGUUCAUGAGCUUUUUCAGGGGACCUCUGUCGACGCUUCUUGUAAAACUGGGAGGCUACGCUGUCUCCCUUACCACAAAGCUCAUCCAGCAGUUUAGGCACCACAUCUGCCCGGCCAACAGGAUCACGAGUAAAAUUUGCGGAAUGUUUGACUUUGUUCUAUGUGGCUUCAAUUGGCAUGGCUUUAAUAUGACUCUGACUCCCAUCAUCGUUGGUCACUCUUCCCAGGGAUCCUCCACCAAGCAGAUCCACCACUAUGCCCAGCUGCAGAAGAAGCUCAGCUUCCAUCGCUACGACUUCGGUCCGACUAGAAACCUCAUUCACUACAAAUCCCUUUUCCCACCAUCCUAUAACCUGUCGCAGACGCAGUGCAAGGUUGUCCUGCAUCAUGGGGAAGACGAUUGGCUGGCAUCUGGAUCUGACGUCGCCAAUCUGCAGGAAAGUUUGCCCAACUGCAUCGAGAAUCGGAAAGUGGAACUCAAGAGCUUUUCACACUUCGACUUUAUCAUGUCAAACGAUGUGCGGUCCCUGGUCUACGAUCGUGUUGUAAACUUGGCUGUCACCAACAACUAAGGUUUUGUGGGA